CUGUUAUUAAACACCAAAAGCAGGAUGCAACUGCAGUUUGCAAACUUCCCGACCUUGAUGCGUGCGUCUCUCAAAAGGGAUUUAAUUGGAAAUCCUUUGGAAUAUUACAAUAUUUUGUUCCUUUUAACCAUUAUUUUAAUCAUCUCUUGAGUUGUUGGUCACCUCCCUAAAAUCCUAUCUUUGUGGCCACCAAUCCCUCUCCAAAUUUCUUCGCUUUUUCCACUCUCUUUGCCAUUACUACGAACACUUGACAGACAAAAAGUUUCACUCGGACAAGCAAAACUCCCUUCUUCUCUUCUCUCUCUAUCCCUUCACCAAUCUUUAUCGAGGUCUAAUGAAAUCCGAUUUUCCCAAACGGCCAAAUUUGAUCUUCAACCAAAUCCCACCAAGAAAAAGAGAACACUGAAAACAAAAAAGGAAAAAAAAAAAAGAGUAAUUGAAUAUGCAGUCUUCAGCUGUGAGCCAAGAACCUUCAAUACCACUUGGUUUCAUAUCCCAAUUGGGCUCUUUCGCAUUCAGCUCGUCCAGUUUAAACCCUGAGCUACAGUCGGCCUAUUUGUCCAGCUUUUUGUACUUUGACGCCCUGAAGAAGCCCAAAUCUGUGGCCUCGUUGAGCCUGAGAAGUAAAGGCGCCGCGUUUAGCAUUACAAGAUUUAUAAAUCAGUUCAAUAAUGCUGUUAAAUUCCAUUGCGAGAGAAUCCCACUCGGGUUCGCCUUCGACUCAGGGGAGAAUAAUGGGCGUGCGGAUGAUGGGAAUGGGAUUUUGGAGGGCUCAGAUGGAGUUUCUGCUAAUGCCGUUGUGCCGAAUGCCCCGAAAAAGGUUCUGAUAUUGAUGAGCGAUACGGGUGGGGGCCACAGAGCUUCUGCCGAGGCCAUUAAAGCAGCUUUUAGAGAAGAAUUUGGAGAUGAAUAUCAGGGGGGUCUUGGGGGUUCAGUUUUAUUUCUGACGAGACAUAUGGUACCUGGUUCUUUAAAGCUUGUACCUUUAUCUGGCACAAUCAGUCCUGGGGAGAAGAAAGCCAGCAUUGUAAGGCAUGUGUUCUUGUCGAACGUGUUUGAUGUGUUAAAAGAUGUCUUUUUUAUACAGGUUUUUGUUACGGAUUUGUGGACAGAUCAUACUCCUUGGCCCUUUAAUCAGCUACCAAAGAGCUAUAACUUCCUCGUGAAACACGGUACACUUUGGAAAAUGACAUAUUAUGCUACUGCUCCGCGUGUCGUUCACCGAACCAAUUUCGCUGCCACCUCAACGUUUAUAGCUCGGGAGGUCGCAAAAGGGUUGAUGAAAUACCAGCCAGAUAUUAUUAUUAGUGUACAUCCUCUAAUGCAACAUGUUCCACUUCGCAUUUUGAGGGCUAAGGGUCUUUUGAAGAAGAUUGUUUUUACCACAGUAGUAACAGAUCUGUCCACAUGUCAUCCCACAUGGUUUCACAAGCUUGUAACAAGAUGCUAUUGCCCAUCAGCAGAGGUGGCCAAACGAGCACUGAGAGCUGGUCUUCAGAGGUCUCAAAUUAAGGUCUAUGGUCUUCCUGUUCGGCCCUCAUUCGUGAAGCCUGUCCGCCCUAAGGGUGAAUUAAGAAAGGAGCUGGGAAUGGACGAGCAGCUGCCAGCUGUCUUGCUAAUGGGCGGUGGUGAAGGUAUGGGCCCCAUUGAGGCCACCGCUCGAGCUCUUGGGGAUGCAUUGUAUGAUGAAACUCGCGGUCAACCAAAUGGUCAGGUUCUUGUUAUUUGUGGUCGGAAUAAGAAGCUACUUAAUAAAUUGCAAUCACUUGACUGGAAGAUCCCUGUUGAGGUGAAGGGUUUUAUCACCAAAAUGGAAGAGUGCAUGGGUGCUUGUGAUUGUAUUAUAACUAAGGCGGGUCCUGGAACAAUAGCAGAGGCUAUGAUUCGUGGUCUCCCUAUUAUCCUGAAUGAUUACAUUGCUGGACAGGAAGCAGGGAAUGUCCCGUAUGUUGUCCAAAAUGGAUGCGGGAAAUUCUCAAAGUCCCCAAAAGAGAUAGCGAGGAUCGUUUCUGAGUGGUUCGGUCCUAAACAAGAUGAGCUCAUGGUGAUGUCAGCAAACGCGCUUCGGCUUGCCAGGCCGGAUGCUGUCUUUAAGAUUGUGCACGAUCUUCAUGAGUUGGUUAGGCAAAGAAGCCUCGCGCAUCAGUAUUGUACCUCGACUUGAUCAAAAUUAUUAUCUUGGCAAAAAUUUUGCUACUUUAUUUUUUGUUUUGUUUUUCUGAGGAUAUUAGGUUCAUUAAUUAUGAUCAGAUUUCAGACCAUCUGUUGAUUGAUUCGAGGAGUGCAUUAAUUUGUGCAAGCUUUGAGAUUGCGCGGGGUUAUGUUUUUGGUUGCAUGCUAUGUGGAGGAUCUAUGCACAUUAAGUAAUAUUUUACCUUCUUUACGUUUUUGGUACCUGGAGUUUUACUUAAUUGAUUUUUGC